CGCAUGGAAAAUAUUAGCGACGUGAACGUAAAAUUGGACGAAAUUACGUACGGUUUUCCUUCGGGGCGCGAUUCAAGAUUCGGUGUCCGCGAAAUUGUAGCUUCGCACCGGUCGAUCGAGCGGUCGCGUUGCAUGACUUUCGGAACGUCCGCGAGGAGGAGAAAGAGAGGAAGCUUGCGCUGGAAAAGAAAAAGCAACACAGCGGCGAGCAGAGUGUAAGGAACAAGCGGCCGAUCGUAGCUACUCGAGAAGACUGCGUUUUGACUUACGCGAUUUUACGCUGAUCGUUCGCAGCAAUCCUCGCAGCAUGUCAGAUUGGGACACCGCGCCUAUCACGCUGCGUAAACGCGCCCCAAAAUCGUCGACGCUCAAAACCGAGAAGGCGGUGAACGAUGCGCGACGACAGGGUUACACCGUCGAGACACAAGCGAAAUGGGGUGGUGGUGCAAAUAGACAGCAUGUGACUACAAAGAACACAGCCAAAUUAGAUCGUGAAACAGAGGAAUUAAAACACGAUCAAGUUCCACUUGAACUUGGUAAACUUAUCCAACAAGGACGGCAAAACAAAGGAUUAUCUCAAAAAGACUUAGCUACAAAAGUAAACGAAAAGGCUCAAGUCAUUAAUGAUUAUGAAGCGGGACGUGGAAUACCAAAUCAAAUGGUCAUUGGUAAGAUUGAACGAGUACUUGGGAUCAAAUUGCGUGGUAAAGAUCGCGGCAAACCGUUAACGACCCCCGGGACGAAGAAGUGAAUCUCGGGGGGGAAACAACUCUACUUUCGAUCCUUAUAUAUUAUUCCCAAGAAAGAGUUAUGAGAAAGACGGUAGAAUGGAAUGCAACAAACAAACAAACAAACAAACAAACCCCUAACCUUCUUUCCUUUGGUUACAUUGAAUGAAACA